AUGAAGCUCCAUCAUCUUCUAUUUCUAUGGUGUACGUUCUUGUUAUUGCAACAUGCAACGCCAUACACAGUCAUCAUGUCUGACUCUGCCGUGCCAUCAACCCUAGUAGACGGCCCCCAAACCGCCUUCUCCAUGAAGCAAGACGCUGUCCGAACCGAUUCCCGUGAACAAGAGGCAGUUUACAACAUCAUGCGUGCCACCGGAAACCACUGGGCCACCGACAUCCCCGACGUGUGCCGCGGCCGCUGGCACGGCAUUGAGUGCAUGCCCGACAAGGACAAUGUCUACCACGUUGUCUCCCUCUCCUUCGGCGCACUCUCCGACGACACCGCUUUCCCAACCUGCGACCCAACCAACUCUUCCAUUUCCCCUUCCAUCACCAACCUCCCUCACCUCAGGACCCUCUUCUUUUACCGUUGUUUCAGUUACAACCCCCAACCCAUUCCCUCCCUCUUGGGCCUAUUGGGCCGAUCUCUUCAAACAUUGGUGCUCAGGGAUAACGGCCAUAUCGGCCCAAUACCUAACGACUUGGGCAACCUCACCCGUUUGAGAGUCCUCGAUCUUCACAGAAACAAUCUCAACGGUUCUAUUCCGGUUUCAUUGGGCCGGAUCUCCGGUCUGAGGUCGUUAGAUUUGAGCGGCAACAAACUAACCGGUCCGGUACCAGGCUUAGUUCUUCCCCGUCUGAAUGUUUUGGACCUCAGCCAGAACCUUCUAAUGGGCCCAAUCCCUUCUACAAUUGGAGACUGCCACUCUAUUAUCAAAUUGGAUUUAAGUCGAAACAGGCUUGUUGGCCCAAUUCCGGAAAAAAUCAAGGGCCUAAAAGAUCUAAUGCUUUUAGAUUUGAGCUACAAUAGAAUUCAAGGCCCAUUUCCUGUUUCACUUAGAAGCCUGAUUUCUCUUCAGGCCUUGAUCUUGAAAGGAAACCCAAUGGGCCCAGCAAUUAUACCCAAUGAGGUGUUUGAAGGCACGGUUGGAUUAAUGAUAUUAAUAAUGUCAAAUAUGAAUUUGCAUGGUCCGGUGCCAGAAUCACUAGGCAGAUUAACGAACCUUCGUGUGGUUCAUCUUGAUGGGAACCAGCUUAAUGGGUCAAUCCCCAAAAGCUUCAAAGAUUUAAGAAACCUUAGUGAAAUGAGGCUCAAUGAUAAUAGGCUAAGUGGGAAAGUCCCAUUUGGGAAGGAAAUUAUUUGGAGGAUGAAAAGGAAGCUAAGGCUUUAUAACAAUUCGGGGCUUUGUUGUGAUUCUGAUUGUGCGGAUUCCACCUUUGAUUUUGGUAUUAGUUUGUGUGAGAUUUCGAGUCCGGGUUUGGAUAAGAGCGUGGAGCAUCUUUUAACCAACGAGAAGCAUAUGCCAACUACUAUGAAUAAUAAUGUGCAAUUAUCGGAUGCUGCUAACACUGCUCUGCCACUUACAACCACAUUGCGAUUAGUUGUCUUUGUAUUACUCUCUCUUCUUUAGUUUAUUAUUUUUCUUUUUAUAGUAGUGGUAUGUAAAUCUAAUAUAAAUAUUAUUCAUAAACGCAA